UUAAUUUCCCUAAAAAUUAACAAUCGAAUAUAAUAAAUUCUCGAAUAAAAUCAUUAAAAAAGUAUUCUAUUUCGAUCUUAAAAUUGUAAAAUGUAUAUCCUACUAAUUGACCCAACACAUUUCAUAACAAAAUUUAAAUAAUGACAUCGUAUGUAGUAGCCACGUUAUGUGUUGUAACUGCAACAUCGGGUUUUAUAAUCGGUGCUCUGACCCAACAACAUAUGUCAUACAGAAAAAUUAAAGCUACCAUGGUUGACAAUCCAUAUGUUUACGAAUGCCGCCAACAUAUCUUUAAUGCCUUAGCUCUCCUCGGAUGUUCAAAAGAGGAUUCCAAUUCAACUACCCAAACUGAAGUGACAGAUAAAACUGGCUUUAACAGUAGACGAGCAUACGAAAAUCAAGGGAGUGGUAGUGGAGAAUCUUUAUUUGAACAAUUCGCACUGUGGAGUCGGACAAAAGCGUAUAGAGCAUUUUUGUUCAUGACCUUUUCCUCAGGUCAAGAAGGCGACCAACAAGAGGAAAUAGCCCAUGUAGCUGGUAUUAUGAAGUAUGGCUUUCCGGGAAUGGAUGAAAUACAUGUCUAUAAGAAUUAUGUACUUUCCUACGAUCGGAGAAACCGAAUUGCCCACUGGGUGUGUGAGCACGUGAAAGACGACUGCUUAUUGACUAGAGAUCUUAAGACGUUACAUAAGCCAGAUAUUUAUACAAUAGAUAGGACGAUAGAUCCAUUGUUUAGUGCGAAUAUGAGGGACUUCAGGAACAGUAGUUGGGUUGGAGGUCAUUUGGUUUCCCCUCAAAACUAUAAAUGCGAUAUGGAAAAGUUCAUGGAGGCCUACAAAUUUCCAAGUAUUGUGCCCAUUAAUCGUGGUCUCAAGAAUCAUAUAUGGCUACGUUUGGAAAACUAUGUUAGGGAGCUGGCCCUGAAAUGGGGUUCUGUGUAUGUGUACACCGGUCCCUUAUUUAUGCCACAAAGAAUCACCUUUCGCAACUGGUCCAUUCGUCAUCACGUAAUGGGCAUGAAUACGGUUGCAGUGCCAACUCACUUUUUUAAAAUUAUCAUAAGAGAACAUUAUUUCGAGGACGCGGAACCCCUAAUUGAAGGAUUUGUGGUUCCCAACGCUGAGGUCGACAAGGAAAUGGAUCUGCGGUCGUUUUUAGCCGACGUUCGGGAUAUUGAGCACUUCGCGGGACUUAAAUUCUUUGAAGGUCGGCAGCGGGAUCAAGUAGAUAUAUCUGUACACCGACCAUCGAUGACCGAUUUUCGAAUCGCAGCAGAUUAAUUCAAGGAAUGCUUAUAGUUACUAAUUCGAUUGUGGACAAGAUGUUCUGUAUUUAUAAAUGUAAGAAUUUUAAAUUAAAACGUACAAUAUAACAAAGUCGACAAA